GGUAUGAAUUAUUGACUUGAAGCUAUCGAACGCCACCAAGAAACAUGAGGUACUUUGAGGUUGCUUCGAGACUCAUAGAGCAAAAACCAAAUAAGGCCAUACCAGGAUAUGGGUUAGGUCAACGGCAUGUUCAAAUUCUGCUGCAAUUUUCUAUGGCUGCCAUAUUCGUUGGUAUGAAUAUGGCUUUACCAAUUGCCAUAAUACCUAUCACGCAUCCUCAGUAUGCAGCGGAUGUUGGAAUUACGUCUUUUCCUAACUGGACGGACCAAAGUUUGAUCCUGGUGUCUACCCAAGCUGGAUAUGCUGUUACUCAAUUGUUCGGGAGUUGUAUAUCCGAAUAUUACGGUUAUCAUUUCGUGAUGCCUUUUUCGAUGUUUCUUUGCUCCAUUUUCUGCUUCAUUCUGCCUGUACUCACUCAAUUUUUCGGAUCACAAGGCUUGAUAUUGUGCUUGAUGCUGCAAGGUGCGAGCCAAGGGUUUUCCUUGCCGGUCAUACCCGAUUAUUUGUCCAGAUGGGUGCCCACGUCCGAAAGAAGUUCUAUAGGAUCUUUUAUGUUUGCUGCCAAUGUACUGGCUGCUGCUCUUUCUACCAAGAUAACAGCCUGGAUUUCGACCACAUUUUUGGGCUGGACUUUCGCGUAUUAUUUUUUCGGAAUCAUGGGUUUCUUGUGGUCCUACGUCAUGAUCAAUUUCGGAAGAAAUGCGCCAGAAACCAGCAAUAAUAUUUCAACAGAGGAGAGAGAUUUCAUCAUGUCAGAUCAAAAGGUUAAAAAGAAGAUGCACUCAACUAUAGGAGAAGAGGUUCCUUGGAAGAAACUUUUCGAUUCUCCUGGGCUUUUAGCCAUAUUUGCAGCACAUGCUGGUACCUUCUGGGCACUUUGGGUAAUGACUGCAGAAAUCCCCAGUUAUCUGUUUGGUGUUCUGAGUUUCAAAAUUGAGGAGGAUGGAGAUAUUGUAGGUGAUGCCUAUUUCACGUCCUGGCUCUUCAGCUUCAUCAUUAGUGGUGUUACAUGCUACCUUAUAGGUAGCAAAAUAUUAUCGUUGAAUUUCACACGCAAAGUUGCCCAAAGCAUCGCGUCAUAUUUGGCAGCAGUUUGUCUCAUCAUACUAGGCUUCUUAUCAGAUCCUCGUUGGGUCAUAUUUUUCAUCAACGCCAUUUUCUCCGCAUUAACCGCCAGUUUUUGGGGCUUCAUGUUGAACUACAAUGAUAUUUUGCAUGACAGGAGCAUGAUAACCCACAUUGGUGGUUUCAUAGGUACUAUUACAACUUUGAUUCCUGCUCUUCUGAAACAACUCAUCGUCACGGAUCAGACAGAUAGGUUUCAAUGGUCCAUUAUGUUUUGGUUGACUGCAGCUGUAUUGGUUUUGUCUAAUACAGCUUUCUUCUUCUACUCCUCUCGUGAAAUUCAAGAAUGGGAUUCAAAUGAAGAAAUUUGCAAUCAAGUUGAGACUAAAAAAGAUAUUGGAGAAACAGAAUAUCUAAUGGAAAAUCCUGUAACCAACAAAAAAACCUACGGAAAAGCUGACUUGAAAGAAGCAUUAAAUGAAACUGAACAGCAACAAGAGGCACCAAAAGCUGUACAACACGAAGACGUUCGAUCAGAGAGCGAAUCAGAAGAGGAAUUUUAUGUUGUUAAAAUGAGGAAACCAUCUAAAAUUAUAGUUUAUGGAAUCGGCGUUCGCCAUGGACAGAUAGCACUGAUUUUUUUUAUGGUGGUCAUCAUGUACAUCCUCAAUAUGGCAGCACCAAUAGCCAUAGUAGCUAUGACUGAUCCUGGAACAAGUCCAAAUCCAAAAGUACCUGCUUUCACUGACUGGGCAGACCAAAGUUUAGUAUUAAGCUCCUACUACUGGGGAUUUGCACCCACCCAAUUGAUCGGUGGACCUCUGACAAGAAAAUAUGGCUUUAAAUGGUUCAUGGUAGUAUCGAUGAUUGUGUGUUCCCUGUUCUCGAUAUGGCUGCCUGCCUUAGUCGUGAAAUUUGGCUCGCUUGCUAUGAUCUUCUGUUUGUUCACGAUAGGCCUUUUUCAAGGUGUGGUAUUGCCAAUGUUAUCUGAUUUUGUCAGCAAAUGGGCGCCAGUUCCUGAGAGGACGCCAAUUGGGACGUUUAUUUUCGCAAGUAAAACUCUUGGAACAGUAUUCGCCACAGAAUUAACAGGAUACCUUUCCAGUUCUUGGUGGGGAUGGCCAUCAGCAUUUUAUCUUUAUGGAGUAAUGGGUUUAAUAUGGAGUAUAUUCAUGAUAGUUCUUGGAUGCAACACUCCUGAUGAACACCGAAGCAUUUCACAGGCAGAAUUGGAAUAUAUAAAGAGAGGACAGACCUUAACUACAAAGAAGAUACCUUGGUCAAAGAUCAUGAAAUCAGUACCAACUUGGUCAACUUGGAUAUCUCAUAUUGGUAUUGUAUGGACUAUAAGAUUGUCAACUACAGAAUUCCCGACAUAUAUCAACAGAGUCCUUGGAUUUGAUGUCUCGUCUGCGGGCAUAUUCAUGGCGAUCACUUAUUUGGUAGCAUAUUUAUUCACAUUCAUUGUCAGUACUUCCUCACAAUAUGUGAUCAAUAAUCAUUAUCUGAGUACGGGUAUUUGCAGAAAGAUAUGCAAUGGUCUCGCCGCCUAUGGAUCUUCAUUUUUCUUGGUUCUACUGGCUGUUUUCCAUCUGAACAGAUACUUAGCUUUAGCGUGUAUUUUCUUCGAAAUGAUCUGCUUAAACGCCAGUUUCUCCGGUUACAACAUCAACUACAAUGAUCUCAGCCCCAACUUCUCAGGAUGUCUAUUUGGUGUAGGAGGUAUAAGCUCGACUAUAGUCUCAUUCGUUCCUUUGCUGAUUGUUCAGUUUAUGGUGACAAAUCAGGCAAGUGCUACGCAGUGGGGAUAUGCUUUCCUCAUAUCAGCGUUUGUGGCUUCUGUAGGAACCAUCUUCUUCAUGCUGAGAGCAUCUGGUGAAGUUCAAGAUUACGAUGAUUUAGACGAUAAGGAAGAUGAGGAGUCGAGAGUUUUGCUGGAGAAAAAACAACAGAACUAAUCUAGUCAGUACUCAAAAACUGAGUAUUUAUUUGAAAUAAUACAUUUUUCAAUAAUGUACCUGCUUUAAUAAAUCUUAAUGAUUUCAUUUAAA